AUGCCGAAGAGAAGAGAUAUUCUUGCCAUCGUGUUGAUUGUGUUACCCUGGACUCUGCUCAUCACCGUUUGGCACCAAAGCGCUAUAGCCCCGCUCCUCGCCAUCCACAAGGCCUGUCACCACCUAGUAAAAGAGAUCUUAAUCAUUCCAGAGAGGCUCGCAGUCCACCACCACCGACUCUCAGAUGAAGGCGCCGAGGGCAAAAGGGAGGCGGCCGGCCAGGCCCAGGACUCCAAAGAAUACUGUGCCUCGGAUAAGGACAUUGUGGAGGUGGUGAGGACAGAGUACGUGUACACGCGGCCCCCGCCCUGGUCCGACGUGCUGCCGACCAUCCACGUCAUCACCCCCACAUAUAGCCGGCCCGUUCAGAAGGCGGAGCUGACCCGCCUGGCCAACACCUUCCUCCACGUUCCCAACCUGCACUGGAUCCUGGUGGAGGACUCCCAGAGGAGAACGCCGCUGGUCACGCGGCUCCUGCGAGAGACCGGCCUGAACUACACCCACCUCAACGUGGAGACGCCCAGGAACUAUAAGCUGCGGGGCGACACCCGGGACCCCAGGAUCCCCAGAGGGACCAUGCAGCGGAAUCUGGCCCUGCGCUGGCUGAGGGAGACCUUCAACGCCAACAGCAGCCAAACCGGGAUCGUCUACUUCGCCGAUGACGAUAACACGUACAGCCUCGAGCUGUUUGAGGAGAUGAGAUCAACUCGGAAAGUUUCGGUGUGGCCCGUGGCCUUCGUGGGCGGCCUGCGCUACGAGUCCCCGAAGGUAAACGCGGCCGGGAAGGUCUACGGCUGGAAGACAGUGUUUGACCCCCAUCGGCCCUUCGCCAUCGACAUGGCGGGGUUCGCCAUCAACCUGAGACUCAUCCUCUUCAAGCCGCAGGCGUAUUUUAAACUCCGCGGGGUGAAGGGCGGCUACCAGGAGAGCAGCUUGCUCCGGGAGCUGGUGACCCUCAACGACCUGGAGCCGAAAGCGGCCAAUUGCACGAAGAUACUCGUCUGGCACACGAGAACAGAGAAGCCGGUCCUGGUAAACGAGGGGAAGAAAGGAUUCACAGACCCCAACGUGGAGAUCUGA